AUGAAUAGACAUAGUUUCUCAGGUCUUGGGUCAAUUGAACGUCGUGCUCAAGACGCUCUCAAUGUAAAUAUUAGUCCUGUUGAUCCUGCACUUCAAUCUGAUUUACCUUCACCCAUUGGUACUCUGCUUAGUUCUGGUUCAGUUAGAAGUAAACUAUCAACAAGUGAUUUGAUUUCAAUGAUUUAUGACUCCAAACGAAAACUAGAGAAACGAUCGGCAGAAACUCCGUCUCCAAUAACAUCACCCCAAAGUGAACCAUUACCUUCACCACCAAACCUCCUCUCACCUAAUCAAAGGCGAAGCUGGUCCUUUACUAAAGAAAUGACAAAUGGGUUUGAUGUUACUGUACCAGGAUGUCGUCGAAGCUUAGCUUCUGAUCGAUUAGGACCAGUAAAACCCACAUCUAUUCAUGACUUCAAAAAACUCAUUGCUGCCGCUCGUCCAGUUGGAUCCACUCAAAAGUCAACAGUAUCGGCAAAAGAUUUGCUUCAAGCCAACCCAAUAUCAACCAUAUCAUCGGUUAAUUCGAGACCAUCAACGCCAUUAACUUCAAUGACCAAUCAUCUUCUCAAUGAAAUGUCCCAAUCAGCUCGACCAUCAUUAACUUCAACAAUACCAUCAUCAACUACUUCAUCUUUGUCAUUAUCUAUUUCACCCUCAUCAUUACACUCACCACCAUCAUCAACAUCUUCAUCUUCACUGGCCUCACCUCAAUCUCCACCUUCAUUGUCACCCUCAACCGGUCAACUUUCAUCUCAUCUCAAAGCACCAACUGCUCUUCGUGACUCGCGCACAAGAAUAAUCAAUGGACGUAUCUAUCGUAGUCCUUAUAGACUUGAAGUAAUGUGUCCACCAAUCGAAGAGGAUGCCGUCCAAGAAGAGUCAAUAGUAAAUAAUUAUUCUGUCCCAACAGAAUUGAAAAAAGGUUCAACAUCGAACUCAUUUGAAAACGAGAAUAACUAUCGAAAGGGAUUAUCGUUCAUUGGAUCGAAAGAAAUGGAGAAACAUUUAAUCUCAGCUGGAAUGUACAAUAAUCCAUCACUGCUGAAACAAUCACCGUCCUCACCAUCCCCAAGUAAAGCCACAUCAACAUGGGUUUAA